AUGUGGUCUGUCGUGGGUCUUGUAGCACUCCAUGGGCUCCUGGCGGGCAUUUUAGCCUUACAGAUCCCAAUUGACCUAGACGGCCAUUCAGAGCAUGGCUCUGUUAGCGAUUUUGGGCUAUUUCCCACGGGCAAAGACGCCUUUCUUGAUCAGUUGCUUGCGAAUAUGACAGUAGAAGAUCUGGUGCUACAGCUUCACCUCAUGUUCGCUGGCGACAUCAUUGGGCCGGAACCUUUUGAUGAACUUUGGAACUCAACAAUGAGCUCUAGCCCAGAUUCUCCAAUCGGCAUGGUGCACGACUGGUAUCCGAUGAACGCUUCAGCCUAUAAUAACCUACAAAGGACAAACCUCGACAGAUCUCGACUCAAGGUCCCCUUGAUGCAAACGGGAGAGUGCCUGCACGGCGUUGGCUCUUUCAAGCAAUCCUUAUUCCCGCAGAGCAUUGGGCUGUCGGCUAGCUUCGACACUGAUCUCGUCUACCGCGUUGCGCGUGCUAUUGGGACGGAAGCCCGAUCCAUCGGAGUGCACGCAUGUUUCUCUCCCGUCCUUGACCUGGGACUAGACCCGAGGUGGGGCCGGAUGCAGGAGGCUUGGGGGGAGGAUAAGGUGCUCACUUCGCAUAUGGGGGUUGCGUACUCAUCAGGCUUGUCAAAGAACGGGUCGCUGUCCGAACCAGAUGCUGUCGUGCCGAUCGCAAAGCACUUCGCGGCCCAUGGUUCGCCCCAGUCCGGCCACAAUGCAGCACCGUUCAUGGGGCAUGGCAAUCGACAGGUGAUGCAGGAUCUCCUACUGCCCUUCAAAGCGGCCAUUGAGCUCGGCGGCGUGAGAGGUGUGAUGAUGGCUUAUAAUGAGUUUGACGACAUACCAGCUUCCGUGCAUCCUAUGUUAUACCAGGCUCUUGAAGACUGGAGUUACGAUGGAUUUGUCAUGGCUGACGAUACUGGCAUCAUGCAGCUCGAGACUGUUCACCAGGUGGCAAAAUCUCCCGCGGACGCCUUGCGGCAAUGGUUCAAUGCAGGGGGAAUGUUGCAGUUCUACGACUUUCCCCUCGAUACUUACACAAAGUUGACGAAAGAAUUGGUGGCCGAUGGGCUCGUGAAAAUAACGACUCUGCAGUCUCACGUCCGGAGGAUUCUCAGCAUGAAGUGGGAUAUUGGGCUGUUCGAGGACCCUCUUCUUCCCAAAGAUAUUGACCCAAUCGGUAUUGCCAAAAACAAUCAUGACUUGACUUUGGAGGCAGCACGCCAGAGUAUUGUCCUCCUGGAAAACCGGAACUCCACACUACCGUUGAAGCCGAAAGAACAAAAAAUCAAGAAAAUAGCACUCAUCGGUCCUUUCGCUGACACACUCAACUACGGGGGUUAUUCUGGAACAUGGGGACAGGCCCCAGCAGAUACAGCGCAUACUUUGAGGCAGAGCCUGCUCAGCUAUACGAGCAGCGGUGAUGAGGUGAUUGAAGUGAUUUCAAGCUGGGGUGCAAAUUCUUGGGAGUACAACUCACAGUAUGCUGUCCCGGGAUACCUCCUAUCUUCCAACAGCGUACGGGGCUUAUCUGCCACCUACUUCGCCACGACAGACUUCCACAAACCUGUGGUUCACAAGACGGAGAUCCCCAAUCUGGAUUGGGGGUUAUAUCCACCGUCCGGGCUUUCAUCGACCAAUUUCAGCGCCGUGUGGGAAGGUGAGCUCAUGUCACCUGUUGAUGCUGACGUUGAUGGCUGGUUGGGGGUCGCGGUUGGGGCGAACACAACAGUCAGGCUGUUUGUUGAUGGCGAACUGAUCAUGAUGCAAGGGACCGACGGGCUAUCGUCGAGUGGGACGAUCAUGAGCAAUAUCAUGGAUCACUCGUAUAUCCAGGAACACUCUACUAGCCCACCACCAGGCGCUGCUCCGUUCGCGUUCCGGAGAGGCGAGGUAUACCACAUUCGAAUUGAAUAUCAGGCGUUCAACCUGGCAAAGAAAGUCGCGAAUGUGGUAUCUUUAAACCACCAGAUGGUACUCUUCUGGAAUCUGGUCAGUCGCCACGGAGAUGCGGUGGGCCGAGCCGUCGCACUAGCGAAGAAGUCUGAUAUCAUAGUUCUUGCGCUGGGCGCAGGCUGGAACAGCGAUGGUGAAAAUGGCGAUAGAGCGACCCUUGGUCUAGCGCCAAGUCAAGAUGCAUUGGCACAGGAAAUAUACAAGCUGGGAAAGCCCGUGGUGCUUGUGCUCCAAGGUGGACGACCGUUCGCGAUUCCUCAAUACUAUGCACAGAGCGCAGCUGUGAUGAGCACAUUCUUUCCUGGGCAGUCGGGUGGUCAAGCAAUCGCCGAUGUUCUCUUUGGAACCGUGAACCCAGGUGGUAGACUGCCAAUAACGGUACCCAGAAACGUCGGCCAGCUUCCAGUCUAUUACAACUUCAAAUUUCUGGCGCGGAAGAUAAAUUAUCUAGAUGCCGAAUCGGCGCCUGCCUACCCAUUUGGCUAUGGAUUAUCUUAUACAACAUUUAGGGUGGACAAUUUGGUAGCAUCGAAGGAGACAUUUGCCAAAGGCGAUACGAUCACCUUCUCAGCGGAUGUGAAGAAUACUGGUAAUGUGCAUGGCAGUCAUGUGUUGCAGGUAUAUGUCCUGGACCGAGUGUCAUCGAUAGUUCAACCAAUGAAGCAGCUCGUGGCGUUCAAGCGGGUAUAUCUCGAAGCUGGAGAAGAAGCGUCCGUCUCGCUCGAAAUAGAUGUUGACCGAUACUUGACUGUUUUGAAUCGCUGGAACAAGUGGGAGUUGGAGGAAGGGAUGUACACUUUCGCAUUGCUAGCGCACGGCGGAGAGACAGCUCCUACCGGCACAAACGUUUCUAUGCGUUGCAUGUAA